AUGUACGGUGGUUCCAAACCAAGAGUUAGUAGAAUUGUUUUUGUAAGAGGGUCUAUCGAUCCAUGGAAUCCAUUAGGUCUGUCAUUUUUCCCAAUAAAUUCAUCUACAGUUUUUAUUGAAGGAACAUCUCACUGUGCCGACAUAGAUCCUUCAUAUUCAUCGGACCCUUCAGAAUUAUCGGUAGCCCGUACAAAAAUCGUAAUGAAUUUAAGAAAAUAUUUGAGUGAAGAGGAUUUUUUAAUUGAGCCAAUAGUAUUGUAA